AUGUCGGGCGAAGAGGAGUUCUACCUCUUCAAGAACGAGUCUUCGGUGGGACCCUGGGACGGACCCCAAUAUCACAUCGCCCCGUUGUGGGCUUUCUACCUGCAGACCGUCUUCAUGGGUUUCGUUUUUUUGGUGGGCACCCCCCUCAACGCCAUCGUCUUGGUGGUCACCGUCAAGUACAAGAAGCUGAGGCAACCCCUCAACUACAUCCUGGUGAACAUCUCCUUCAGCGGUUUCAUCUCCUGCAUCUUCAGCGUCUUCACCGUCUUCGUCUCCAGCUCCCAGGGUUACUUCGUCUUCGGCAAGCACAUGUGUGCCUUGGAGGGCUUCGUGGGGGCCACCGGAGGUAGGUGGGGGGGGGACCGCCGUGGUCUGGUGGCCGCGCAGCAACAGGAGUCAGCCACCACGCAGAAGGCAGAGCGGGAGGUGUCCCGCAUGGUGGUGGUGAUGGUGGGCUCCUUCUGCCUCUGCUACGUGCCCUACGCGGCUCUGGCCAUGUACAUGGUGAACAACCGGGACCACGGCCUCGACCUGCGCCUGGUCACCAUCCCUGCCUUCUUCUCCAAGAGCGCCUGCGUCUACAACCCCAUCAUCUACUGCUUCAUGAACAAACAG